AUGAACUCAACCUGCCCGUUUUUCGUGAUAGGCAAAACCGUGUGCCUCUCCCUGGUCAGAAUCCCAUUCUACUUUUCUCUGCACCAAAACAUAUUCGAUGACAUUCCAGACACCUACGUCGCACUUGGUGCGCCAGUGCUCGCUUUUUGGCUCAUGUCUUUCAUGUUCUACUGUCUUGACAUCUCUGGCUGGCAAUGGCUGGAGAAAUAUCGCAUUCACGAGUCCAAGGAAGUCAAGUCCAAAAACUUGGCGACACUUUGGGAGGUCGCAUGUGCUGUUAUAUUCCAAAAUGUGAUGCAGACUCUGAUAGGUUUUGCGUGGUUGGCAGAGCCGCCAGUGAUCUCGGUUGCGCGGUGUCAGAAUGAGAUGGAGGGCUUGGGAAGAACACUGGUCUUAGUCGUGCGAGGUCUCUUUGGGGAGGAGACGGGGAUGAAAAUAUUGGAGCAGUGGGGGCCUGGGAUGACCCAUUGGCUGUACUGGUGGGGAAUCCCAGCUGCACAGAUAUUCUUCGCGAUGUUCACCGUCGAUACCUGGCAAUACUUCAUACAUCGCUUGAUGCACACAAACCAAUAUCUCUACAGAAAGGUCCACUCAGUGCACCAUAAACUUUAUGUUCCUUAUGCCUUAGGGGCAUUAUAUAACCAUCCCUUCGAAGCCCUUUUGAUGGACACACUAGGCAUAAUCAUUGCAGAGCAAGUCACCCAUCUUUCUAUACGACAAGCCAUUUUCUUCCUCGUGUAUAAUACGUGCAAGGGUGUCGGCGAUCACUGCGGAUACAAUUUCCCAUUUGAUCCCUUCCAACUGAUCAGCAGAAGUAACUCAGACUAUCACGACAUACAUCAUCAGGCCGUCGGCAUCAAGUCAAAUUUCUCACAGCCUUACUUCAUCCAUUGGGACAUACUUCUUGGCACGCGCAUGACCAGAGAAGACAUUCAAAAACGUGGACAGAAAGUAAAGAUGACGUGA